AUGGCACCGGUGGUAGCAUCUGUGGAACGGAUGGUGACGCUCUCGCGCGAAAUCUCCGACAAGACAAAAAUCGUUGCCGACUUUCUCUCUGCAAAUGGCCUGGAAGCCGCGUCCCUUGACGUCAAUGGACUCGCCGAGUUCCCGAUAUCGCCCAAGGAUGAGGAGGCGUACCGGGCACGCAUGGACUUGAUUUCCCUCACCAAAGAGCUCCAUGACGUCUGUAUCGGGCCCAAAGAGGGCCUGCGUCACUUGGGCUGGGAUUGCGUCAAUAACCUCUCGCUGCAAGCGGUGUGGGACUUCAAGAUCCCUCACCUCGUGCCGUUGGACGGCACCAUCUCGUACGAGGAGCUCGCAGCCAAGGCCUCUGAGCUCAACGGACUGGACAUUCCCAUGCUCAACCUGCGUCGCCUGGUCCGGCAUGCCAUGACCAACCGCAUCUUUGUCGAGCCCGAAGCGGGCCGCGUGGCACACACGCGCAUGUCGCGGCUGCUUCGUGAAGACGCACCUCUGGACAACUGGGUCGGGUUCAUGUGCAAUGACCUGUGGCUGCCCAUGGCCAAUGCGGUUGGCGCGAUGAAGAAGUGGCCAGGCAGCGAGGAGCCCACAGAGACGGGCGUCAACCUGGCCUAUAACCAGUCCCUCCCGUGGUUCGACUACCUGCAGCAGGAUGAGGCCUUUGCCAAGAGAUACAAUCUCGCCAUGCAGGCACACGGCGGCGGGGAGGGAUACUCGUUGGCGGCUACAGUGGAUGGGUAUCCGUGGGGUGACCUUCCCAAGGGCGCAACGGUGGUUGAUAUGGGCGGAAACCAGGGCUACGUCUCCCUUGCCAUCGCCAAGGCCUUCCCGGAUCUGCGGUUCAUCGUGCAGGACACGGCCGGGAUGCGCACAGACGAAACAACAGGCCAUGUCCCCGACGUGCUGCAGUCCAGGGUGCAGCUCACGACGCACGACUUCUUCACGCCGCAGCCCGUCGUGGCGGAAGCGUAUUUCUUUCGCAUGAUCUUCCACGGCUUCGCGGACAAGUACUGCGUCAAGAUCCUCCAGGCGCUCGUACCGGCGCUCCGUCCCGGUGCCAGGAUCAUCAUCAACGACGGCGCCCUGCCUGAGCCCGGCACGGUGGGCUACAUUGAGGAGCGGACGAUGCGGACCCUGGACCUGGUUAUGCAGGUGGCGGUCAAUGCGCGUGAGAGGGAGCCGGACGAUUGGCGGCAGCUGUUUAAGCGCGCCGAUGAGCGAUACAAGUUUAACAGGAUCUGGAGGCCGGAUAGCUCGCGCAUGUGGUUCAUUGAGGUGGAGUGGACGGGCUCGUAA